GAAAUACAUUUAACAUAUCAACAUUGGAUAUAUCAUAACUCUCCAACGUUGUAUCAGCUGUGUAUUUUUAAAAGUGUACUACUCAGCUAUAACAUAUGCUAAUGGAGUGUCAACCAUGUCAUGAACAGGAUCGAAAUUCAUCCGCAGAAUUUUGGUGUACCGAAUGUGAAGAAGCGCUUUGUGAUUCCUGUAAAUCCCAACACAAAUCAUUCAAGGUGAGCAAAAAUCACAAAGUAUCCAAAUUGUCGUCCCUGUCCGUAAAGAAAUCUUCUUCUGACAAACAGAAAGAAGAUAUAGGUGGUGAAAAUGGUGAAUGGGUUAUGUGUACAGAACACGACGACAAAUCUUUAGAAUAUUUUUGUAUUAAACACGAAAAGCCAUGUUGCAUUCUCUGUAAAAGAAAAUAUCAUCGACAUUGUUGUGAAGUUGAAAAGGUUGAAGACGUUAUAGAUGACACUAAACUGGCAAGUAUAACAGAGGAUUUCUUAUCAGGGAUCGAGGAACACAAAAACCGCUUAACAAAAGUUGCAAACAACGAAAGAUGUAAUCUGAGAGAUUUAGAAAUCAUUAAGGAUACUUGUACAGCUGACUUAAAAAAUACUAGAAUUGCCAUUGAAGAGCAUUUAGAUAUAUUGCAAAAUGACGUCGAGCAAAAAAUGAACCAAAGGUUUGAAGGAGACAGUGGAGAAAUAAACAAACAUUUAACAGAUCUUUCAGCAAAAUUUAAUUAUUACACCGAUCAACAAAAAUUGAUACGGGAUAUUGCAAAGGAAUCUACGAUGUCUAUAGGUCAAAAAUAUUUAAGGAUAUUGCGUCUGGAACAUUUGAAGAGUAGUUAUAACGAGAGUAAUGAGACCCUUUCAAAAUGUAAUUUACGAGCUAUAACUAAUUACAAGCUGUCUUAUGACAAAACUAGUGAUAGCAUAACCAUAUGCAUUAAUCGGACUUUGCAGGAGAAAAAUAACGAUAUGGGAAACUUUCAAGGAAAUAAAGAUGAGAUAGAAUCUUCCUCUUCGAUAGUUGAACUAGAAGCAACUAAUUCAGAAGCUAAAUAUUUGCCAUUGUCUGUACCAGUUCGAGAUUCACCAUUAACUUUUCCUGUGACAAGUGCACCUUCUUUGACCGCGAAACGCCGUGGUGUUUCGCCUAUAGGACCAAUACAUGAUUCCAGUAUAACAUAUUGUUUACCUACAGCUCUUCCCACAAAUGUUUCUUGUCCAUCACCAUCUGCAGAAGGUUCACCGUCCGAAUUCCAUUUGAAGAAGUCAUUUUUCAUUGAAAAAAGAAAUAAAAAUGCUUUCAUUACCGAUGCAAAAUUGAUGCCGAACAAGUACAACAUAGCUAUGGCAGAAAAAUCUAAUCGUAAAUGUAUGAUGUACAGCAAAGAUGGUCAGAAAAAGGGUCAAGUUCAGCUAAGUGGUGAACCAGAUAGCAUUGCUGUAAUGCAGAGCAACCGCAUAGGCGUAACUCUUGUUCAUGAGAAAAAAGUGUGUGUGAUUGAUACAGAUUCAUGGCAGUUUAUUUUCACCAUUCAUGUUCAUGACGACUGCAAAGGACUCGUUUAUUUUGAAAAUAAACUCAUAGCUAACUGCGCAAAUGACGGGUUGAUGCAUAUUGAUUGUUAUGGAAAAAUAGUAAAACAAAAUAAUAAUAUUAAAGGGGACUUAUACUGUCAUCUUGACAAUCAAGGAAAUCUGUACACUGCUAAAAUGAAAGCUAAAAAUAUUCAUGUUCACAAUUUAAUUAACAAUAAACGGUCAACAUACUAUAUCAAAGGUCCAGAUGAUUUGACAGGAUUGACUACAGACAGGAACAAUAAUUUAUUUGUUGCAUGCAAUGACAAUGACACAAUUGUUGUGAAGCAGUCACUUCAUUCACCUGCAAAGGUUAUAUUAGAAAAUUCAGAUGGCAUUGACCAUCCAAUGAGUAUAGACUACGAUCAACAAAAUGAUGAACUUCUUGUAGUGAAUAAUGCGGGGCAUUCAAUUUUCAUAUUCAAGAGACAGUAGAACAAUUUGUUUUUUCAAAUGUUCAUAUUCGUGCACAAUAUUAACUGUGGACUCAAGCAAGGUCGAAUCUAACAUAUUAUUAUAUAUUUGUAAGAUCAUAUUUGUGAUAAUUUUAUCAUCCACAUUUUAUCGAUACAGACAACACUAAGUGCUGAAUGUUUGGAAAAACAACUUCAGGUCAUUUCCAAUACGAUAGGAGUUUUAAACACGAGUUAUGCAGAUUGACAUAGUUUUUGUCGAGCUGCGACUUUUGUCGCAGACAUCUCGACAUAGGGAUAGUGAUCCGGCGGCGGCGGCGUUAACUAACUUCUUAAAAGCAUAAUAUUUCAGAAGGUAGAAAACCUGGAUGCUUCAUACUUUGUAUAUAGAUGCCUUAUGAUAUGAAGUUUCCGUCUGACAUAUGUCCAUUGUCCUUGACCUCAUUUUCAUGGUUCAGUGACUACUUGAAAAAAAAGUUAAGAUUUUUUGUAAUGUUAAUUUCUCUCUUAUUAUGAGUAAUAGGAUAACUAUAUUUGGUAUAUGCGUACCUUGCAAGAUCCGCCUGUCAGACAGUUUUCACUUGACCUCAACCUCAUUUCAUGAAUCAGUGAACAUGCUGUAUGCAAUAGGUCAACUAUAUAUGGAAAUAUUUUACCAUGGACAUGUCAGUCUGGCAGGUUUUAUUGCUCAAUGUUAAGUUUCUUGUUUUGGUCUGUGUUUCCAAUAUGUUAUGUAAUAGGUCAACUGUAUUUGGUUUAUGGAAAUAUUUUACGAUGUACAUGUCAGUCUAGCAGGUUUUAUUUGACCUUGACCUUAUUUUCAUGGUUCAUUGCUCAAUGUUAAGUUUUUAUACCUUGGUAUGUUUUUCUUAAACUUUAAGCAAUAGGUCAACUAUAUUUGGUGUAUGGAAUGAUUGUAAGAUGUACAGUACUACCUGUGACAUUAUCUUAUUAAUGGUGGCCAUAAAAAAUAUGGUCACCAUGAUGGCCCUAAAUGUCCAUCAUUAUACCUCCUGUUGCUUAAUUAAUACACAAGGUAUUAAUCAAAAACUGGUCAAAGAUAAAGGGAAAUCGGUUAUAAGGUUCAUUCAACCUAUGCCAACAUUUUGAAAUUUAAGUAUAAAAUUGUAUGAAAAAAUGUUGGCAUAGGUUGAAUAAUUUGUAACGGAUUAAACGUUAUAACAACAUAAAUUGAUCAGGAGCUAAUCAAUUUACAACAAGUUUAAACUUAGCUUUAUAUACCAUUUUUGUUAUUACAUGUAAUAGUAAAAAUGUAGGUAUAAUUGUAUUUGUUGAGGAUCUCUAUUUCAUAAGGAAUUGAUAUAAAAUAAUAUAUAAAAAAAAAGGAAAAUAAGUGUUAAUUUCUAUAAUUUUAUUAAAUGAUCAUCUAUUCAUAUAAAAUAUAUACCAGUGUCAAUCUAAUGAAUUAUAUAAAAUAUUUGAUAAAAUAUUUAAUUCUAUUUCAAAUAGAUUCCUUCCAAUUCAAAUACAUAGAAAUACUGACUAUCAUGACUAAUACUAUAUAUGGUACUAUUGAAACACAUAGUUCUGUAUUUUUGAUAUUCUACUUUUUUUUCAUGAAUACAAACUCGUGUAAAAUAUCUAUUUUGAAUGUUCAUUAUUGAAUCCUACAACAUUGACACAGACAGAGAAUUGUACAAAGUUCACUAUGAUUAUCUCAAAAGUCAUACACUUAUUAAAACGAAGAAGAUAUGAUGCUGCAUCUGCAUACAUAACUGCUGAGUACUCAGUCUGGAUUACUAGUAUUGUAACCUUAAUAACUGUUUGCUGUUUCUUCAGUAGUUUUACUUUGUGGUUGUCAUGAUUGUACCAAUUUGGUAGUUUUGUAGGUAUGUUAUUGCGAGUAUUUUAAUGUUGCUUGACAACUACGUGUAGUGCAUAUCAUGUAUAUUUUAUCAUAUAGUCUGGAUUUAACUCUGAACAUGUACCCACUGUGGAUUAGAUUCUGCUGCCUAGUCUAUUGGUAACAAACUGAAUAUCUAUAUCUAAAACAUUUGGUCUUAGAUGCAUGGUUUUUUUAAUUAGUUGUUAGUGGCUUUGAACUAGCUGUCAGUAACUGCGAGUACUCUCAGAUCUGUACCUAAUGUCUUUUUGUUGUUGGGAUAUACAAGUACCCGGCCAAGUCCACUCUGUGUUUUUGUUAGAUGUAUUUCUAUUUGUAUCCAUCGGAUGAGUUAAGCUUUUUUCAGCUGAUUUUUAUAGUUCGUUCUUAUGUUUUACUGUUACACCACUGUCCCAGGUUAGGGGGAGGUUUGGGAUCCCGCAUGUUUAGCUGUAUGUAUGUGCCUUUCAAAUAAUUUUAAAUAAAAAACAAAACGACACCAAGCACGUAUUUCUAAAGUAAAACUAAGUAAAUAAAGGCUGCACUUUUUUACUGGAAAACCGAUGUUUAAUAAAUGAAAUUUUUAAAAUUUUAUUUGAUACUCGCUUUAAAUUUCAUUUUGCUAAAUUAAUUUGAUUUAAUACUUUUUGUUUUUAUAUAAUUAUGGUAUGAUAAUUGUAUAUAGUGUUGCUUUUUUAUUUGUAUGUUGCAUAUUUAGUAUAGGAAAGUUCAUCAUGAAAAUUCUCAAAUAAAAUAGCUUAAUUUCAUUCUUUUUCUGUAGUACUACAUGUACGUGUUCAAUUUUUGUGUAUUUUUAUUAUUAAUUUAGUAUUUACUUCAACACAAUUUUGCUAGAAUCAAGUGUUCUUUUUUAUCAUUUUAGUCUUUUUUUUUAUUUAAAUCAUUUUUACUUAAUAGUAACAAAACACUAUUGCACAUAUUUUAUUCUUGUUUUUUUUUUAAUUUUCGAAGAGUAAUAUUUUAAUGCUUAAAAAUACUGACUGUAUUUUACCUGUUAUUAAUUAGUAACUAUUAUAACAACACCUAUUGUAUUUUGUUUGUAGGCAUAGGUUGAAUAUAUAUUUAUCAAAUGUUGGCAUAGGUUGAAGACACCGGGAAAUCAUGACUGCAUUGAAGUGUUAAAAUUAUAUAACUUACAGGUAAAGUGUCUCAGGUAAAAUAUAUGUGUUUGUCAAAUUUGAUAACUGUGUCAAGUAAAUUCUAAAAUAAAAUGAAAUAAUAAAUCUAGUUGGACAUAUAG